AGGUCCGUCUUGUGUAGGGCAAAGAUUCUUUGGUCAAGUUUUUGCUGUUCAAAGUAUGCUACCAUCUGCUCCAAGCUAAGCAAACUGGCCAGGAGGCUCGUCUGUUUUCGUCCAUUAGAGAACAACUGCAUCUCUAUGACAAUCCUUGAAACACCUUUGUCUGCUUUAUUGGGUGUCAUAGAUGUUUUGUGUGAGGCAUGUCAGCAGCUGAAAUGGAAGACACCAUCAAAGAUACAACAGGAAGCUAUUCCAGUGGCUUUGGCAGGGAAUGAUGUGAUAGGUCUUGCCGAGACGGGCUCUGGGAAGACGGGAGCGUUUGCCCUGCCCAUUCUGCAAGCUCUGUUAGCCAGCCCUCAGCGACUAUUUGCCCUAAUACUCACACCCACAAGGGAGCUGGCCUUCCAGAUAUCAGAACAGUUUGAGGCCUUGGGCACAACGAUUGGUGUAAAAUGUGCUGUAGUUGUGGGUGGAAUAGACAUGAUGACACAGUCAUUGAUGCUGGCAAAGAAACCUCAUGUUAUAAUUGCCACACCAGGAAGACUAGUCGACCAUUUGGAGAACACAAAAGGUUUUAGUCUGAGAUCUCUGAAAUACUUGGUUAUGGAUGAGGCAGACAGAAUAUUGAACAUGGACUUUGAACAAGAGGUAUGGAUAGCCAUUAAUAGUACACAGAUUUUGUAUGAAGACUUAUCGACAACAGUGGAUAAAAUUUUAAAAGUUAUACCAAGGGAGAGGAAGACUUAUCUGUAUUCUGCAACAAUGACCAAAAAAGUUGCAAAAUUACAAAGGGCCUCUUUGCAAAAUCCUGUCAAAGUUGAAGUUUCAACAAAAUACCAAACGGUAGAAAAACUCCAGCAGCAUUAUAUCUUUAUCCCCGUUAAAUUUAAGGAUGUGUACCUGGUUUACAUAUUGAAUGAACUGGCUGGAAACUCAUUCAUGAUCUUCUGUAGCACAUGUGUGAACACCAUGAGGGUAGCACUUAUGCUUCGUAACCUUGGCCUGACUGCAGUUCCCCUCCAUGGCCAAAUGAGUCAGGCCAAAAGACUGGGUGCCUUGAACAAGUUUAAGAGUAAGAAUCGUUCUAUCCUUAUCGCAACAGAUGUUGCCAGCAGAGGCCUUGAUAUUCCUCAUGUUGAUGUGGUUAUAAAUUUUGACAUCCCAAGCCACUCCAAAGACUACAUUCAUCGUGUGGGGAGAACUGCCAGAGCAGGCCGAGCAGGGAAAGCCAUAACUUUUGUUACACAGUAUGAUGUGGAACUUUACCAGAGGAUAGAGCACCUAAUAGGUAAGCAGUUGCCCCUGUACAACACUGAGGAACAGGAGGUUAUGCUGCUCAUGGAAAGGGUGACGGAGGCUCAGAGAUACGCUAAAAUGGAAAUGUCAGAACUGAGCAACAGGAAAAAGAGACAAAAAGAUGAAGAUGAAGACACGGAAGAAUCAUCAGGUGUGCGGAAAAAAUUUAAGAAGAAAAGAAAAUAUUGAUCAUGUAUAAAAAAAAGCUUAAAUAUUAUUUAUAUCUGUUUUGUUUUCUUUCUCUGUUGAAAGCUGUUAGUGAAUCACAUGCAUAUGUGUUAAUAAGAUAUAAUAAGCAAAUAAGUUGCCAUUGAGUUUGAAGCCAGUCCUGAACCAUACAUGUUUGGAUUACCAUGUUCUUUAAAUGACCAUGAGUGAAUGAGCGACCAAGGCAGAAUUGUGUUAAGGCCAAUUUCCACUGCACGCCGAGCUGUAAAAUCCAGCACAUUGCAAGUCACGUUGCAUAGUAAUUUCCACUGCACAUUGGAAAUUGUUAUACAUAACAAGUAGAGAUCUAUUUUAUGACGUUGCAUUGCGCAGCGUGCAGUGGAAAUUGGCCUUUACAGUUCUGAUCUUUACAUGUUUGAAUGAAAAAUUAUAAAGUAACUGAGAAAAAAACUGUCAUUGGCUUUGAAAGUGUAUGCUUGCUAAUCCUGCUGAUAUCACACACUGUGUAGUAUGACAUUGUGCCUAACAAUAAAGCUA